AUGGAGGACGAGGCGAACAAACUGCGCGACAUGCAGGCCAAGGUCGAGGAGGAGAUGAACACCAUCCCCGGCGGCGCGGAAGCGAACGCGAACCGCGAAGAAGCGGACUCGCGGUCCAUUCACGUCGGCGGCGUCGACUACGCGUGCACGCCGGAAGAGUUGCAGAUGCACUUUCAAUCCUGCGGCACGGUGAACAGAGUGACGAUCCUGACGGAUAAGUACGAGAACCCGAAAGGGUUCGCGUACGUCGAGUUCCUCGAGGCGGACGCCGUCGCGAACGCGCUGCUUCUCAACGACACGGAAGUGCACGGGCGCAAGAUCAAGGUGAGCGCGAAGAGGACGAACGUGCCCGGGAUGAAAGCCGGCAGGGGCGGCCGCGGCGGCCGCGGCGGCCGCGGCUGGAACCCGUACGGAAUGAUGAUGCCGAUGAUGAUGCCGAUGCCGUACAUGGGGCGCGGGAGAGGACGUGGGCGCGGGCGCGGUGGACGCGGCGGCGGACGCGGCGGCGGCGGACGCGGCGGCGCGGCGCCGUACUGA